AAUGUGUGUAAAACAUACUGGAAAGUAUUAUAGUAAAGUUAAUUGUUAUAAAAAACAAACUUCAUCUCUAACCACUAGUAUUCCAAAUCCAAAUCGAUCUGAUAGGCCUCGAGAACAGAGAAGGAUUCCCCCUUUUUUCUUCCUCUGA